CUGUCUGCUCUCCUUUGCGUUUUAUUUUUAAUUAAUCAAUUAACUCAUUUACGUAUUCAGAAGUACAGAAGGCUCACUGUCGUACCGGAAGUGUACUCUAUAGGUGUGUUGUUGUUGUUGUCUAUAAGAAGAUUUGACAUGUGGAGUGAAGGAGCUGAAAUCUGCAGCACAACUUCUCACCACCAUCAUAAUAAUACUCACAAUAAUAUUAACAAUAAAGCUGAAAGAGUGAGGAGUGAGAAGAAAAGUCAGAGCUCAGGGCUGGUAUCAUUUUUAUGAUUUUUAUAUUUUUUUUAAUUGCUUUGGAAAGUCAAGAAGGUGAAAAUCUCGAGGUUGGAGCAGUCUGGGAUAAAGCAGAAAUGCACCCAAAUACCUCGCAGGAUGCUGACCGGGUCGAGCGUUUGCCCCUGAACUGCUCCAAGACCCAGCCCAACCUGGAGGAGAAUAAUCAGGACCACAAGACAAAAGGACAUCACGGUUUGCAGUUACUGAAGCCUUUCCAGAUCUCACACAAGCAUCAGCACCCUGUGGAUAAUGCAGGCCAUUUCUCCUUCAUGGUCCUGCACUGGCUCUCUCCGCUGGCAUGGAAAGCCUACAAAGUUUCUUCCCUGACGAUACAGGACGUGUGGGGUCUGUCCUGCCACGAUGCCUGCGAAAUCAGCUGUCACAGGCUGCAGGCCCUGUGGCACACAGAGCUGAAGAAAAAAGGCAGAGGUCGAGCGUCUCUGUGCCGGGUUUUCUGGAGAUUCUGUCAGACCCGCUUGCUGAUGGCUUUGCUCUUUCUCCUUGUAUCUUCGGUGGCUGCUUUCAUUGGACCUGCUCUGCUGAUCCGAGCGUUGUUGGAGUAUGCUCAGAGUUCUGAGGUGUGGCUUCCAUAUGGCCUGGCUUUGGUUGGCGGUAUAUUCCUCAUGGAGUUGAUUCGCUCUUGGACUAUGGCUCUCGUGUGGGCUGUUAAUUACCGUACGGCCGCACGCCUGCGGGGGGCAGCACUCACAUUUGCCUUUGAGAAAAUCCUACGUCUGCGCAGUACUAAAGAAAUCAGCACGGGCGAGCUGGUAAACAUUUGCUCCAGCGAUGGCCAGCGGCUGUAUGAUGCCGUAUCAUUGGGCUGCCUGCUGUUUGCAGGACCUCUGGUGGGACUUCUCGCCCUGUCCUACAACAUCUACUUCCUGGGACCAACUGCAGUUGUUGGCUCUACCAUUUUUAUCAUCUUCUAUCCUUUAAUGAUGCUGGCCUCCCGAUUGACAGCCCACUUCCGCAAGAAAGGUGUGGCCGUCACGGACCAGCGUGUCAAACUGAUGAAUGAGAUCCUCAGCUGCAUCAAGUUCAUUAAGAUGUACUGCUGGGAAUCAGCCUUCGCCAGCAGUGUCCACAAGGUUCGGUCAGAGGAGAGGAAAAUACUGGAAAAAGCCGGUUUAGUUCAAAGUCUCACCGUUGGUGUAGCUCCCAUCAUUGUUCUGAUUGCUAGUGUGUGUACGUUCACUCUACACAUGGCCCUGGGCAACGAUCUCACUGCAGCACAGGCCUUCACCGUAGUGGCUGUCUUCAACUCGAUGACUUUUGCCCUAAAGAUUACACCCUUGGCAGUGCGUGGGUUAUCAGAAGGCACUGUCGCUGUUAACCGAUUUCAGAGACUCUUCAUGCUGGAGGACCAGGAGGUCAUAUUAGGCAAAAUGGAGGAUCCUGAGAAUGCUGUAGAGUUCAGAGACGCCACACUGGCAUGGAAUAAAGCUCAACCCCCACCGGCCAAAAGGUCAAAGCCACAGCCGAGCCAGAAAAACGGAGGCAUGCAUCGAGUGUUCCGGAGGGAGAAGCUGAGUCUAUACAUUAACAUAGAUGACGAGAAAGCAAACGGCCAUGAUCCAAAUCCUGAGCACCUCCUCACACACAUAGAACAGGAGAGCCCACAGAGCACCAUCUUCUCCACACAGAGCAUUCGUCCACCGCUGCACAAAACCCUGCAUCACAUUCAGCUUACAGUCUGCAAGGGUGCAUUGGUAGGAGUGUGUGGCGCUGUGGGCAGCGGGAAGAGCUCAUUGCUGUCUGCUCUCCUGGGACAGAUGACCUUACUGAGAGGAUCAGUGGCGGCGAACGGGGGCUUUGCCUACGCUGCUCAGCAGGCUUGGAUCCUCAACAGUUCCCUGAGGGAGAACAUUUUGUUUGGGAAAGAUUACGUGGAGGAAAGGUAUAAUGCUGUUCUGGCAGCCUGUUGUUUAAUUCCUGAUAUCAGUGAGCUACCUUACGGCGACAUGACUGAGAUUGGGGAAAGAGGAGCCAAUCUGAGUGGGGGUCAAAGGCAGAGAGUGAGUCUUGCCCGGGCGCUUUACAGUGACAGACCCAUCCUGCUGCUCGAUGAUCCCCUCAGUGCCCUGGACACUCCUGUGGCUUCCCAUCUCUUCUACAACGCCAUUCACAGUGCGGCCAGGGAAAGGACUGUCAUAUUUGUUACACACCAACUGCAGUACCUGGUGGAGUGUGACGAAGUGGUGUUGAUGAAGGACGGGCAGAUUGCGGAGCACGGCACACAUGCCCAGCUGAUGGCCCAAGGUCGUGACUAUGCUACACUUUUCAGCAGUGUACAGCAGGAGAACCUGGUGAGGAACAACUUGAAAAACCAGCAGGGGGGCAAGGAGAAGGUCUCUGCGCUGUGCACGUCUGUCAUUAGUAUGGCAGAAAAGCAGUCCACUGAGAGUACAAGAGGAGACCAGCUCAUGCAGGCUGAGGAGAAGGGCCGUGGGGCCAUCACCUGGGCCGUCUACGCCACUUACAUCAAGGCUGCCGGAGGACCCUUGGCAUUUAUUAUCAGUGUCCUGCUCUUCCUCCUUACCACAGGCAGCAUAGCUUUCAGUAACUGGUGGCUGAGCCAUUGGAUCAAGCAGGGCAGUGGGAAUGUAACAGUAUUACAGGGGAACAAGAGUGUGGUGAGCAGCGGUAUGCAACUAAACCCCUACCGUCAUUACUACGCCAACAUCUACGCCCUGUCCAUGGGGGUGACGCUCUUCCUCAAGAGUGUGCGGGGCGUUGUGUUUGUCAAGUGUACCUUGCGGGCAGCCUCAGCUCUACACGAUAAGCUGUUUAAGACUCUCCUCCUCAGCCCAAUGCGUUUCUUUGAUACGACUCCCCUAGGACGCAUCCUGACUCGUUUCUCCAAAGACGUGGAUGAAGUGGAUGUGCGCCUGCCAAUUCAGCUGGAGUUGCUGCUGCAGAACAUGACAUUGGUGCUCUUCUGUCUAGGAGUAGUGAGCGCUGUUUUCCCAUGGUUCCUGUUCUCCAUCAUCCCACUUGCAGCCUUUUUCUACAUCAUCAAUCGUAUCUCCAGAGUGCUGAUUCGUGAACUGAAAAGGCUGGACAACAUCAGCCAAUCGCCUUUCAACUCUCACCUCACCAGCAGCCUGCAGGGUCUGUCCACUAUCCACGCCUACAGCAGGGGGCCGGACUUCCUUCAGAGAUAUCGAGACCUGUUGGACACUAACCAGGCUGCCUACUAUCUGUUCAACUGUGCCCUGCGCUGGUUUGCGGUACGUUUAGACCUCAUCAGCAUUAUACUCACCACCGUCGUGGCUCUGUUGAUCGUUAUCAUGCACGGACGCAUCUCUCCAGCGUACGCCGGUCUGGCCAUCUCCUAUGCCGUACAGCUGACAGGUAUGUUUCAGUUCACGGUGAGACUCAUGUCUGAACUGGAGGCUCGAUUUACAUCAGUGGAGAGGAUGGAUCAUUACAUCAAGAACCUGGAGACGGAGGAACCUCAGCAGAUCAGAGACGUCUCUGCCCCUGCAUCCAGUUGGCCACAGAAGGGGAGCAUCAGUUUCCAGGAUGUGGAGCUGCGCUAUCGGCCUGAGUUACCCCUAGUGCUGAAGAGUAUCACUUUCAACGUUCUCCCAGAGGAGAAAGUGGGCAUCGUCGGCCGGACUGGCUCAGGUAAAUCUUCACUUGGUGGAGCACUCUUCAGACUGGUGGAGCUCAGCGGGGGAUCCAUCAUCAUCGAUGGUGUCAACAUCGCUCACAUAGGCCUGGACGUCUUGAGAAGCAAGCUGUCAGUCAUCCCCCAAGAGCCUGUUCUCUUCCUUGGUACUGUCAGGUCAAACUUGGACCCGUGGGGCCAGUACACAGACGCGCAGGUCUGGGAAGCACUGGAGAAAACACACAUCAAAGACAUGGUAAGCCGGUUACCUCACGGUUUUGACUCCGAGGUGACCGAGAACGGAGAGAACUUCUCAGUGGGGGAGCGGCAACUCCUGUGUGUCGCAAGAGCACUGCUCAGACACAGCAAGGUUUUGGUUUUAGAUGAAGCCACAGCAGCUAUUGAUACAGAGACAGAUCGGCUUAUUCAGGAGACCAUCAACACUGCUUUCAGAGGCUGUACCACUCUGGUCAUCACUCACCGCAUCAAUACUGUCUUCAGCUGUGACAGGGUUCUGGUACUGGACCAGGGUCAGAUCCUGGAGUUUGACAGCCCAUCAAAUCUACUGGCGAACAAGAGCUCGUGUUUCCGUGCCAUAGUGGAGGCAACAAGCAGGACUGGUGGCCUUUCAGAGAGAGCCUGAACAGCUGGUGGGCACAAGACUGAGCUCUCUGCCAAAUCUCGCCUUACUGCUGGACAAGAUGUUUGUUCAGUGGCCAUGUUAUUGUUCAGUGUUGCCCUGCACUGACUAGUUCAGUAUAUUUUCAACUCACAAGUAGCCUGGGAAAAAUUAGGGCCCGAGCACCGGGUGUACAUGGCCUUCAGUGUCCACCAGAGGGCAAGGGCCUAUUGUUUUCCGAAGGAUUCUUCUUUUUGUUAUAAUUCUUCCGCUUAUUAUUAUUUUUUUUUCUUCAAGACUAGGCCAUUUUUGAGGUGGUUCCCAUGGGUGAAAACUCAUGAAAUUUGGUACACACAUCAGUCCUGGCCACCACUACUCAGUGAUAGAGGCUUGGCCUCGGGUGUAUCUGCAGGACUCCAUAGCGCCCCCACAUGUCAUUGAGACUUUUGCCUGGUAUAUAGUUUCGCCUAUCCGUGUCAAAUUUGGUAGGUGUGUAGGGUGCCUCAAGACGAACAAAAUUGUAACGUAGGUUAUAUUAGCCAUAGCCAUACUCAACAGGAAAUGACUUAUUUUUGGUUUUGUGCAUUUUGACACGUCUUACAUUUUGACGUUCUCCUCCUAAGCAGUUUGUUGGAUUCAUGGCAGAUUUGGUGUACCACAGGUGCUCGGGCCCUUCAUCGCUGUUUGUGGCUAUAUUUUAUUAUUAUUAUGGCGUGCUAUAAAUGAAAAAACAUGUUUUGUGAAGCAUGUCUGAAAAAUACCAGCCCAGUCUUAAUGAAUAUAAAGUAAUAACGGUUUUAGACGGUCACGUUGUCAUAUAUCAGUCAGAGUUCCAAUAAUAUAACGUUAAAGUUGUAUUAAGUUUCAAUUUUUUUUUGGGCGGGGGUGAAGUAAUAUUGUUGAAAUGUUUGAGAAAUGAGGAAAAUUUAAAUUCUGAAAUAAUGAUGUGCUGUGUACGAAAUGGCAAAUGUUUUCAAAUCAGGUUCUUAUAAUGCAGAAGGAAGGAAGUUUUGCACAAGAACAAAAGGGUUUUUUUUUGUAUUAAUGAGCAAUGGUGGCGGCACGGUGGCAUAGUGGUUAGCGCUGUUGCCUCACAGCAAGAAGGUCCAGGUUCGAGCCCCGUGGCCGGCGAGGGCCUUUCUGUGCGGAGUUUGCAUGUUCUCCCCGUGUCCGCGUGGGUUUCCUCCGGGUGCUCCGGUUUCCCCCACAGUCCAAAGACAUGCAGGUUAGGUUAACUGGUGACUCUAAAUUGACCGUAGAUGUGAAUGGUUGUCUGUGUCUAUGUGUCAGCCCUGUGAUGACCUGGCGACUUGUCCAGGGUGUACCCCGCCUUUCGCCCGUAGUCAGCUGGGAUAGGCUCCAGCUUGCCUGCGACCCUGUAGAACAGGAUAAAGCAGCUAGAGAUGAUGAGAUGAGAUGAGCAAUGGCAUUUGAAGUACUUGGGAGAUUUGCAAUGAAGAUUCAGUGCUUCACAAAACGCUGCACAAAUGCACAAUAUGAUGCGCAGUCUGUGAAGCAACCAAAGGAGAAAAAAAAAGACACGGGUCAGUCAUUCCAUUGAAGUCAACACUCCAAAGCAGAAGAUGUCUCUGAUGGGUUAUUUCUGCUCAAAAGCUUCAUGUUAUGCCUAAUGCAUUGUGCAAUCAGUGUCUGUGUUUCAGAGAUGGAAAGCUGCAGCUGGUAUUUUAGCUCCAGCUUUCUCGAGUGUUCUGAGAUUCUUAGUGCUGUCCUCUUUUUCAGCUCUGUUCUGCCACUGUUCUCACAUGUGGUUGCUAAAUCGAGAUGUUUAAAUGAGUCAGUCCUUUCAGGAUGAGCAGAGUCUGCAGAGGCUUUCACAGGAAGCUCUAAUGAAAAAAAAACCCCAACAACGACAACUUACAAAUCCACCUGACAUCUGCUACAUGCGCAAAAACAUAAUUAGAAAACUUGUUUUGUGUUUCAAUGUGUUUCAUUCUGUCAAAUCUCAGUAGCCCCAUUAGAGUCCUUUCUUAAAAUGCAGUUUAUAAGGCGAAACAAUUGCACGUGUAGGCAGCUAAAAGCACACAACAAUGAAUAGAGCAUUUGUCGGAGGCCAUUUUUCUCUUUGCCAUGCUCCGAUAUUCAGGUAUUCCUCUGGGAGAGGCCUUGAUCAAGCUGAAUGUUUAAUUACCAAGAGCACAAAAGCUAUUUGCUGGAUGAGUGACUGUUGUUUAUGUCUAAAUGAGACACAUGAAGUUGCUUUCUGU